AUGCUGAGCGUGAAUAAAAAAAAUAUUCUUGUUAAAAUGUUUAUUAAUUAUAAGGAAUAAUGAAGAAAGUUGUGAUUUCAAAAUAGAUAUCGUAAAAAUAGUUACAUCGUGAAAAAAAUCUUGACAAAUUUAAACACGCUACAUUACUAUUUCAAAUAACUUGUAUGGUUUCCUAGAUUGGUGCCUAGAGUAUCUGUUGGUUUAGCCGCGAUUGAAAAUAAAAAAUGUUGCUAAGGCAAUUUAUUUCAUCAAGUAACGCUAUCGAGGAGAUAUAUAUCGUCAAACGAGAAGAUGAUAGUGACAAUGAGGAAAACUCACACGUGGAUAAAUUACUUCCCGAAACGGGAACUGUUCCGGCAUCAAUGACUAUAGCUGUUGAACACGCGGUGCAUAGUACAAUCGAUAUAAAAAGCGAACCCGAAGACGAAAAAAGUGACGCUCAAGUACAACCGAUUGAAAAUGGAAAUGUAAAAUUGGAAGCUCCGGUAGAAUCAUUGAUCGGAGAAUUUAAACCUGAUGUAAACUUAAGAAACCAUCUGGUGUUGAAAAGUGAGGAUGAAGAUGACAUCCCGCUUGCGAUUCGUAUGAGAAGAAAGAAACAUAUGAUAACGAAAUCUGUAGAAAGGAUCAACAGAAUUAAAUGCGACCAGACUAAUAUCUCGGACUCGGAUGAUUCCGACAAUCAUGUUGACGAAUUCGCCAGUAGCGAUUUGGAUAAAAGAUCACGACAGGAUUCGGAUUGUAACAUAUGUGUUCUCAAGUUUUCCACGGGACACGAACUAAGGCGACAUUUACGAAAGAAGCAUUCAGAUAUGCUUCCGUUCCGCUGUGACAAAUGUGCCUCGAAAGAGCUGAAAAGUUUUUGCUCCUUGAAUAAACACUUUGAAAUGCAUGAUCCAGCCAAGCCUAACAAGUGUUACUACUGUGAAGCACGGUUUAGUUCUAAAAUACACCGUACCGCCCAUCAGAGACGCUUCCACAAAGAUGAUCUAGAGAAUGACACUAUACGGAAUGCGAACCGUCGUUUUAUUUGUCGCUACUGCAACAAGAGAUUUGCCGCUAAAUUUAAUUUAGAACGCCACGAACGAAAUCACGAGAUGAAAAUUACCGACGACGAAUCAUUUUUGAACAGGCGCAACAAAUGUUUUUUAUGCGAUUUGAAGCCUUGUGAUACGAAGGAAGCUCUUAAUGAGCACCUAAGCAUCCAUGUGGACAAGCUACCAUAUUCAUGUGACCGAUGUGAAAACACAUCGGUCAUCACAUCAAUUCGUAUGCUGAAUAAGCAUUUGGCUUCGCACGAGGAACCUGAGAAGCCAAUCAAAUGCGUAUAUUGUAAUGAGAGAUUUUAUUCCGUCGUUGCUUGUCAAACACACGAAAGGACGCACGCUCAGGAAAAACAAGCCGAUGAAGUGGCUGUAGCAAAGAUUGAAAGUGAAAGAAUUUCGGCUAAGAUUAUCAUCGUUGACGGGUUGAAACGCUAUGAGUGCGGCUACUGUGGCAAUUCAUAUUCUUUGCUGAGCACUUUACGGAGACACGAAAAUAUCCAUACUGGAAAAAUUCAGUAUAUUUGUAAGAUUUGUGGUAAAAUUUUCAACAAAUCAUCCUGCUUGCUACAGCACGAACGAACACAUCUUCAAAAUGCACCGUACAAAUGUGAAAUUUGUGGUCGAGGAUUUAAGGAAACAAUUAGACUUAUCGAGCACCGUCGUAUUCAUAGUGGAGAACGGCCAUUUACAUGCGAGGUGUGCUUCAGAAGCUUUCGUAUCAAACCACUGUUGAGAGAACAUAGCAUUCAGUGCACUGCACCAGAUAUCAGCAUGGAAUGCAAAUGUCGUUUCUGUGACAGCGUUUUUAGUUGCUAUCGAGAUUUGCAGGAUCAUGUUGUUAGUUCCCAUUCAUCUGUAAUAGAGGAUACCCGGUGUACAUUUUGCGAUAUGUCUUUCAAAAGCGCCAUCAAUUUAGUAGACCAUGAAUACUAUCAUCGUAAUCCGAAUUCCAUCAAGUGUGAUGUGUGUGGUCGAAUCUUCAAGCAACAUUCGAAUUUACGUCGUCACCAGCGACUACACAGUAACGAUGCUAUUCCAUAUCAGUGUGAUCUUUGUGGGAAAAGUUUUUCCCAAAGUGGUGCCCUCAAAGUUCACACACGAAUCCAUUCAGGAGAAAAGCCGUAUAAAUGUGAACUGUGCGAUAAAACAUUCUACCAUAGCUCAACAAUGAACAGACACAAGAGGUCUCACUACAAAGCCAAAAGCAGGUUAUUUUUAUUUGCGGAACAGGGCCGUGUAUCGGAGAAUGAACAACCUGAGAACGUAUCCUCGAGUACCGUUAUUCCAGUGACUCUUAUACACUCACAAAUUGUUACCAACCAUGAUCAACAGUUGGCAGAUGCAAACGCAAUGCUAAAUCUUGAAUCGGUUACGCUUCCCGUUUCCGUGGAGUCACACAAUUUUGUCGGAUCUCAAGUGCCUAACAGCUUACCGGAACACCAACAGCUUUCACUCGGUAGCUUUCAAAUCAACACUGGAAGCGCUUCUACUACUAGUGGUGGUGCUUUGGGGGAAGGAACUUCGCUUUACGUUCUCGAUACGAAGCUAUUGAUACCGCAAACAAUCAUGCAACAUCAGGAUGAUUCAACGGCUGAGGACCUUGAUUUGGGGGAAUCCAUUGGAACUGGCAUGUAGUCAAAGUUGUCCUGGAACUCAGAUUUAGAAGAAGUUCUAAUACAUCUUGUAGAUUUAUUAAUCAGAUUUUUAAUAAAUUUCUACUGGAACCGA